UGUAGGGCUGAGAAUGUGGGCAGGAUUCCUUUUGGCCAUAGCCAAGCUGGGCAUUUCUGCAGUGAAAUUCAAUAAAUUGAUGACGCGCUUGGGGUCUUUGUCUUCCGGCUCUUUCUGGCACUCUGCGUAAGGUACGGAAUACCCUCUUCAGUCAAUGGAGCGUACAACCGACCGCAUUGCAUUCGUGCAUCAGCGAUCGCCGAUUCCAUUACAUCCAAUUUCAAAGCUCGAGCUGCCCAAUUCUUGCACCGACGAGCCAUUGACAAAUGAGGGUCCUCAAAAUGGCUCUCCACGGGCAUAUCUGCGGCGUUUAUUAUGUCUCGCCAUCGUCCAAGCGGAUCUAUCUCCCGCAGUUGGCGCUCACGGCCCAUGCCACCAUGGUCUUUCUGACCAGUCGAACGACGCUUACGCAGACGUUCGUCAACCCCGGAUGGGAACCGAUUGCGGAGCUGAGAUAUACCUUCCCGCUGUACGAGGGCGUGUCCGUUGUUGGCUUUGUCUGCACCAUCAACGACGACCGUGUCAUUCGGAGCGUGGUCAAGGAGCGCGGCGAAGCCCAGCAAACUUACAAGGCGGCUGUCGACCGCGGCGAGACUGCCGGGCUGCUGGAGCAGCUGCCCGAGGCCAGCGAUGUCUUCACUGCCAUGGUGGGCAACAUCCCCGCCAAUGCAACCGUGAAGGUCGAAGUCACGUAUGUGGGCGAGUUGAAGCACGACGCAGAGGUGGAUGGUAUCCGCUUCACCCUCCCUACCCACAUCGUGCCGCAAUACGGGAGCUACCCCGGUCAGUUGCUGCAGUACCCGACGGUGGUCAGCGACAAUCAGAUCCGCAUUGUCGUGGAUGUCGAGAUGCCGCAGGGCUCCAGUAUCCAAACGGUCCAGUCUCCGUCGCACCCCAUCUCGGUAACAAUGGGCAACACUUCCACGGGGGCUGCCAGCGGCGCGGAGUGGGACCUGCGGAAGGCUUUGGCGACCUUGGCCUUGCCCACGACUGAGCUGGGAGACGACUUUGUCCUGCUGGUUGUGGCGGCCAAUACGAAGCGGCCGGUCGCCGUGCUCGAGACGCAUCCCACAAUCCCCAACCACCGAGCAUUGAUGGUCACGCUUGUGCCACAGUUUUCUACUGCUCCCAUGCGACCCGAGAUCGUGUUCGUCUGCGAUCGCUCCUAUUCGAUGGGCACCGGCAAGAAAAUGGCCAACCUUAAGGCCGCCCUGAAUCUCUUCCUCAAAUCGAUCCCGGUGGGCAGCAAGUUCAACAUCUGCUCGUUCGGCGGCACCCACGAGUUCCUGUUCCCGUCCGGGUCGCAGACAUAUGAUGCGUGGACUCUCGAGGAAGCCACCCGAUACGGGGACGGGUUUGUCGCAAACCUUGGGGGCACAAAUAUCUACCAUCCGAUGGAGGAGGUCUUCAAGAUGCGCCACGUCGACAUGGACUUGGACGUGUUUCUGUUGACUGACGGCGAGAUUUGGGACCUGCAGGGACUGUUCGACAUGUUGAAUCGGCGCGUUUCCGAGAGCCAGGGCCGCAUCCGCGUCUUCACCCUAGGCAUCGGCCGUGAUGUCAGCCACGCGCUCAUCGAAGGUGUUGCCGCCGCCGGCAAUGGCUUCUCGCAAGCUGUCGGCGAGGAUGAGAACAUGAACACAAAGGUCAUGCGAAUGCUCAAGGCCGCCCUGACGCCCCACAUCAGUGAAUACGCCCUGGAGCUCAAGUACGGCAAGACUCUUAUCGACGAGGUCGACGUGCAAGAGCCAGACAAGAAGGGGAGAGAGGAGGCGGCAACCAGCAAACCCAUUCCCCUAUUCGACGAGUCGGUCGACCCAGAUGUCGAGAUGGCCGAUCCUGAUGCCGACAUUUCCUCUGGCGGCAAAUACUCGCACGUUCCGCCCGUCUCCGAGCCGAAGAUCUUGCAGGCGCCGUUCCGCAUCCCGCCGCUCUUUUCGUUCAAUCGUACCAGCGUGUACCUGCUGCUAUCCCCAGAAACGCCCCAGAAGCAGCUCACGUCUGUUGUUCUGCGCAGCAUAUCCCGCAACUUUAGGCCGUUGACACAAGAGAUCCCCGUAUCCCUCCGGGAGGAUGGGGAGACGAUCCAUCAGCUCGCUGCCAGGAAGGCCGUGAAAGAGCUGGAACAGGGCCGCGGCUGGAUCUACCACGCGAAGGAUGCCAAGGACCCGGCCGCCCCUCUGCUCAACGACAAGUAUCCCGGCCGCUUCAGCGACAUGGUGGAGCGUGAGGCCGUCCGACUCGGCGUCACGUACCAGGUGGGCGGCAAGUGGUGCAGCUUUGUCGCGGUUGAAGGGGACCAAGAGCACCGGGACGCCGCGAGGGCAGUGGUGCAUGAACAACAUCGCAACAGAGGCAUGGGUGCUGGCCUACUAGCUACUGCUAGUACCCGCAACGCCAAGUACUCCGUCACGGCCCGCGCCACUUCAGCUCCUGUUCCUCCUGCGCCGCGUGCCCUUCGCAGCUUGCACAGACUCACUGGGGGCAGAGGAACACGGCACAGAGGGUACUGGAACCGACCUUCCAACCCACCGGUCGACGACGCGGACCUUGCUCAGAAGUUCAACAUGCUGGUGUCUCUCCAGACCUUCAACGGCGCCUGGCACUGGGAGGAGCGACUGCUCCUGCUGCUAGGCCUGGACGGGCAGCUGACGACGGCGCGGGCCGUGGGAGCAGACCUGGGCGAGCCGGGGGACCAGCUGGCCACUGCGCUUGUGCUGGCAUUCUUCGGGGUGUGUCUCAAAGGCAGGGAGGAGGAGUGGGAGAUGGUGGCGGCUAAGGCGUGGGAGUGGCUCACGGAAGUCUUCAAGAACGACGGGCCGUACACGUUGGAGCCGUACAUGAAGGAGGUGAUUGCGUUUCUGAGGAUCGAGUACUUGAACAAGUCGCUCCUGGGGGAGGCUAAUGCCCUGCUCGAGCAGGGUAAUCCUAACGUCAAUACCAGGUAGGGGUCGAUGACGACUGGGCGAGAUGGAUACCGACCAGGUACCUACUAAUAGUGUUGAUCAAUCAUGGUUGUGUAGUCUCUGGUACUGGUUGUUGUGGAUUAUUCAUUUCCCUUCAGCUCUGCCGUCGUUACACUGCGGGAUGAGGUGAGCUUAUCGUGGGCGGUACCGACAACUGUUGCCAAGCUGAUCGUGUCCUAUGGCUGCCCUUCAGACUCAAAUAUUUCUGUAGUGCAUUACUCAUCACCUCGCUUUCUGGGUGGUAUCAUAUGCAGAGGCGG